AUGAAUGUUGAAGUGCAGGUAAAAUUAUCAAUCGAGCAUAGGUUCAAAAGAAGCAUAAGAUACAAUUUCUCAGAAAAAGAUGAUGCGAUCGAAGAUGUAUACGUAGAGCAUGCGAAAAAGUAUGAAUUUGCAGAUAUAACUUGGUAUCCAUCAAGGCACACAGUGGUGUACAGAUAUGAUUCCAGGGUUCCCUUAAAUGCCUCCGGUGAUGGAGUUAAUGACUUCAUUGGAUUUCAACCCAAUUCCAUCUUGAUAUCAGAAUCUGUUAGAGCAGCAGAAAAACUACUAGAGAGUACGAGAAACACGAAUGGGAAAUGCUUAACAGCAGCUACAACUUUGGGCUUCAAGAGAUUAGUAGGAAAUGGGUUGAAGAACAAUGGCCAAAUCUUCAGCGGCUACCCUGUAGUGGGUUACCAAGGCAAAAUGCAAACUUCAGGUUCAUGCUUAUAUUCAACAAGAUUUGACACAUCAUGUGCUUGGGAUCCACGAAUCAAAGGGCUAUUUUUCUAUGAGAGCACUGCAAUCUUCCCUGCAUCAGCAUUUGUAGACUUCGUCCGUGACGUGAGAAAACUGAGAGACCUAAAACCAGAAAAUUUCUGUGGGGUGGACAACUAUAACGGGUUGCUAAUUCGCUUCAUCAAAGCCUCAAGUGCAUAUCUAGGGCAACCUGAGGACUCAGUUGUGGUUGAUUUCAACUAUUAUCGUGCAAACGACCCUUCAAAUCCUAGACUAACCCAAGAUCUGUUGGAGGAAGUGGAGCAAUUGGCCUUCUUCAAGUAUGGGGCUAAGCCACAUUGGGCUAAGAAUAGGAAUGUAGCAUUCCUAGGGGUGCAGCAUAAGUAUCCAAAGUUUGACAUGUUCAUUGCAGCAAAACAAAAAAUGGAUCCUCAAAAUGUGUUCUCCAGUGAAUGGUCUGAUGCUAUACUUUAUGGGAAGGAAUCAGAAAAAGUUGAUGGGUGUGCGUUGGAGGGACUCUGCAUAUGUAGCGAAGACAGACAUUGCAGCCCACAAAAAGGGUUUUACUGCAGCCAUGGCCUUGUCUACAAGGAAGCUAGAGUUUGUAGAUAUUCACAAUCAUCAAUGUCACCGUCAUCAACCAUAGCAUGAUGUGUCUUUUUAUGUCAUAUAAUUGUUUUAAACUGUGUCCACUUGAAUAAAAGUGUGACAUUAUUUAUAACAUAUAUAUGACUACAAAUGCAGUAAAUAAACUACA